AGUGUGUGUGUGUGUGUGGGGGGGUGUGUGUGUCUCUGUGACAAGUGCAGGGGCUGCAACACUCACAACUGGAUACACAACUGCAUGACAAGACUCCAUAAAUAUUGUGUGUAUGUGUGUGUGUGUGUGUGGCUAUCCUACUAUGCAUUUUAAGAGCUAAUGCAAGCCGUGAAACAAAGCCAUUGAGUCGCUUCAAUGUGAUGAAACGGGCAUUACACGGCAAAGUCACACACAUGCAGAUAUGUAUAUUUAUUUUCCAUCGAGACACACACUCACACACUCACACUUACAGGGGUGCUAAUACUUAUGCUUUUCCCUUCAUAUCUGACGCUCAUGUUCUGCAGAUAUUCACACCUUACUCACUUAUGGGUUUGUUGGACAAUUUUGGUCUGUGUUGUGUGUGUGUGUGUGUGUGUGUGUGUGUGUGUGUGUGUGUGUGUGUGUGUGUAGAAUACCUCAGUCUGCCAGUUACCCUCCAAAACAACACUGUGAAUCUUCAGGAAGCUUCAGCGUGCGCACACACACACACACACACACACACACACCAUUAUUCAGAUAGUGGUGAUGAUGUCAUGGUGUGAGAUAAAUGUGUGUGUAGUUUGAGUGGUGUGUCCUGGUUUUACCAAGCGCUCGUCCCCUGGAGAUGACAUCAUUCUUACAGAAAAGCAGGAAAAAGAAAAAAAACCCUGAUCCACGUUCCAUAGAUUACUUUCAGCUCCUGCUUGGUGGUUGUUAGACACCUCAUUUCCCUCUUGAGUUCUGGACUCUGAUUGGUCAGAAGGUGUUGAUUAAUUCUCUAGAACAGCAACUCUGACUGUAGUGCAGCUUUAUAUUAACACUCUCACGCUGAUCUCCAAUACGUUAUGGUUUCUAUAGUAACGGCUCAUUCACAGGGGCGUGUCCAGCAGAUGCUCCACUGAUAAUAAACAUGUUAAAUAAAGUGUGUGAUCUUGUGUGUGUAUUGUCUGUAGAAGGAGUCUCCAGUGUCAGCGCUGUAUAACAGUCAGAGGGGAAGCUGGAACUUUACGUUUUCAGGACAGGGGAGGAGUUUACUCUUCUUCUUCUUCUCCUCCUCCUCCUUCUUCUUCUUCUUUAUGGUUUAUUUUAUUUUUGUCUUCUUUGCUUUGAGAGAGUCUGCUGAGGGAACGACUGUUUAUCGCUGUUGUAACGUCACUGACAAACUGUUUCACUGACAUUAAACGUGACUCUAAACGUAUGAAAAGUUUUACUUUAAUAAACUGAAGUGUAAUUGUUGGUAAAACUGCAGUAGAAAAGGGAAAAGACUUUAAACACGCAGUUAUUGGAAAAUGAUUAGUGUCGAAGUGGAAACAUCACACCGCUCCUGACCAAUCAGAUUCCAGAAUUCAGUCCGGAGCUUAUCCUGAUAAAUUCUUCACUUUAUACAGUGACAGUCGCUGAUUACUGUGCUGUGUGUUUCGUGAAAUGAAUGACAAAUUGGCGCUGUAACAGGAACCAGAUCGUUUCACUGAAUCCCUCCUUUUAUGAAAAUAUAAACAAUAUAUUUAUAUAAAUGUUUUAAUGCGAACUCACUUAUUUACCAGUAAAUUAACAAGUUUAGCCAACUGUAAAGUAAUUAGACAUUUGGGCGUCCUGGAGUUCAAGUAUUUCAAAAAAGGAAAAAGUUGUGAUUUCUUUUGAUUGGCUGAUCGAAUUUAAUGUUAGCUCCGCCCUUUUGAGCGAAGGACAUUCACCGUUUGGGAAAAUCAGGACGCACAGAGAGCAAACUGUCGCUCUGACAGAGGAAUAAUGUGUUCUUUUUUUUUAAACAACACUAUGAUAACAUUAAAAAUGUGACAGAUGAUGGUGAUAAGGGCACGAGUGUCACGCUGAUGACAUCACGACGUCUGAAGGCGGAUUAAAAACGUUCAGAUGCUGCAAGAGGACACGCGGAGACACGUCUUUGUCCUGGAAAGGGGGUGUGGCCUGUCACUGGGACAUGAUUUUGUCAUCAGCAUGUCUCAAAGGCACCAUUGCAGGACGUGUGAUUUGGGACACACCCAAAGUGUCUCCUUAUAUAGUGUGUGAUUUGGGACGCAGCCACAUUGCACUGAACAGAGAACGAUGGAAGAAACAAUGGCGCCAUCUUUUGGCCUGGUCCCUCAGUGCAGGCGCGAACUCAGGGGCCACACACACACACACACACACACAGGAGAUAAUGGAAUCACGUCGCGGCCCUUGGACUUUAUCCUUCAAAGAGCCGAUCUCUGUUGAUCUGGGCCGCUGUGUGAACUACGAGCACAAGACAAGGAUGUAGAAGGACGCUCCUUAAAUAAAAGAACACGCCCCUUUGUUCCUGUGACACGCCCCCUGCCUCACCCAUUCCUUUUUUAUUUCUUCUGAAUGUCCAACCCUGUACACGUGCUGUGACUUUGAGUGUGUAACUUGAGAACGGAACAAAGACUUUAUGGAAACAUUCUUUUUAAAUUAUUAUUCUGAAUCUUCUGACGUUUGUAAACGGUUGAGACGAACUCGCUGCGAAUCUCUGCGACUCGCUCUCCACCUCCUUCCUUCAAAAACGACAAGAAAAAAGUGAGAAAGAAGAAAAAAUAGAGAGAGGAGGGAGAGGCUCUUUUUUGUUUUGGAUAAGCUAUUUUAAAUUGUGGUUGAAGCAAUAGACUUUUUGAAUUCUGAUUGUGCAUGGUUGUGUCUUGAGUGUUAAAAUAUAAAAAAAAGAUGCAGUUUGGUAACUGGACUGAAUAAAAAAAAUAAAAAACAGGGAAAAAUAAUCGUACAAUGUUGGGUGCUUUUAGACAUCAAUUCAAUAGGAAAGGAAAGUUAGAAUUUUACAGAAAAAUAUUAUUUUAGUCUUUUAAAUCUAAUGUCGAAAUGUGGAGGGGACGAGCAACAAAAGUGGAAAAAAGUAAUUAGUGAAACAGAAAAAAAAAAUUUAUUAUAUAAAAAAAAUAAAGAAAAUAAUCAGCUGAACUCAUCCUUUAUGGCAUUACUGUCACACACACACACACACACACACACUUGGCCAUUUUUCCUGCAGUAGAGCCUUCACUCAGAUCUCAGCUUUGGAGUUCAACAGAACAAAACUAAACAC